AUGGAACUUGUACUAGAAAAGAUCCACCGACUCGAUAUAUGGAAAUCCAAAGUACAAGUGCCAAGCAAAACCUUGCGAGACCUGCAUCAAACAGUGCUGCAAAUCCAAGUGGAUAUUCAGAAUAGCAGAGGCAUUCUCGACACUUUGCCUGAAACAACCGUAAAGCAAAUAUAUCCGCGUGCUUCACAAUUACUAUUUCAUGAUUCGGAUGAAAUUCGCACUCUAUCCAACAGCAACGGCAGCCAAUUGUCACCUAUUCAGCAUUUAGAUCAAUUAUAUGUUACUGCAUCACGACUGUAUCACGAUCUGAACCAUUUGCAAAACCUCAAAUACAUUGCCUAUCAAUUGGCGCUGCUUUACCAAUGUGUGAAUAGGCAAGGCAUUUCGUUCGUAAGCUACAAGAUGCGAAUUGAACAGAGAUUCGAUGAAAUCAAGUUAGCUACAAAAUUGGAGCCAGUAUACCUUGAUCCUGGGCAAAAAGCUUGGUUACGUGAGUUAGCCUUGGAUAUCAUUACUCAAGCAACAGACACAUCAAGCAUCAUCAAGUGCGGUGGACAACUAUUCAACACCGUGCAACAAAUAAGUAUUUAG